AUGAUUGAAAGACAAAUAGCAUCAUUGGAGAAUAAAUUCCAACAAGGCAAUUACUAUGAUAUAUUGCAGUCGUACAAAGCACUCUACUUUAGAAACUCAGCAGCCAAGAAGUUUAAAGAGACCGUUGCAUUGCUCAUGUCAGGUGCAACCAACUUUCUCAAAUACGAACAAUGGAAUUGUGCUGCUGAAUGUGCUCAAUUACUAGUAGAUACAUACAAGAACUUUAAAACUCAAUACAAUGAUGAAUCAAAAGAAAACAUUGUUAAAAUAUUUAAAGGAUUUGGUGAAACUGAAUGUGCAGCAAAGACUAACUUUAUGAGAGACGCAAUUAAAUGGAGUGCAGAGAAUGGAGCAGAGAAGAAGGGAUCACCGGAAUUCCAUACCUUGUUGGCAAAUUCAUUGGCACGUGAAGGAGACUAUAUCGACGCACAAAAACACUAUAUAUUUGGAGACGACCCUAUUGCAUUUGCAUCGAUGCUCAAGACAUGGGCUGAAGACUCUCCCAACAAGUCUGAUGCCGAUUUGUACAUUGUCAGAGCCGUCUUGGGAUACCUCUGCACUGGCAAACUCAACGACGCAACCACUCUCUUCAAGUCAUUCACAUCACAAGUCACCAUUGACUCUCCACUCAUCAAUUUUACCAAUUUCCUUUUGAUGACUUUGACUAGAGAUGCUCUUCCAUUAUUCAAAACUCUUCGUGCCAAAUAUGCUCCAUCUAUUGGUCGUGACCCUGAUUUUUCAAAGUAUUUGGAUCAAAUUGCAUUUGUAUUCUAUAAGGUUCCACUUCCACAAAGUGGUGGUUUGGGUUCAUUGUUGAGUGGUUUGUUUGGUGGAGGUGGUGGAGGUAUGUUUGGUGGUGGUGGUAAUAGUAGCGCUGGUAGAUCCAAUGAAGAUACAAUGGACACUGCUACAGAUGAUGCCGAUUAA